AUGACAAUGGCAUACAAAAAUGUGAUUCAUGGCUUACAAAAGGACGAAGGUACCAAGGAGAAUCUCUUUGCUUUGGUGUUCGAGCAAGGAAUGAGCACAAACGCGGCUUCUAUUAAGCUUGCUAUUCCUCGUAGUACUGCUUAUAGCUGGGUAAAGAAAGAGAAGGAACAACGAAGUGCCGCUAUCGAGGCCAGCGAAAUAGCCAGACAAACUGCUCAAGCAGCUGCCGCAGAAAAUCUUAAGGUGAAUCUUUUCGCUUUGGUGUUUGAACAAGGCAUGAGCACAAAUGCAGCAGCUUUUGGACUUGGUAUACCUCCCAGUACCGCUUAUAGUUGGAUAAAUAAAGAAAAGGAACGACGCGAUUUUACGGGUGAAGCUUCCAGUAAAACUGCCCGGGAAAUUUCCAAAGAGGAUCUCAAGGAGAAUCUUUUUGCUAUGGUGUUUGAUCAGGGACUGAGUACGAAUGCAUCAGCCAUUCAACUUGGUAUGCCUCCCAGCACCGCCUAUAACUGGAUAAAGAAAGAAAAGGAGCGACGAGAUAUCACUGGCGAGGCUUCCAGCAAAACUGCUCAGGAAAUUUCCAAAGACGAUCUCAAGAAGAAUCUUUUUGCCUUGGUGUUUGAGCAGGGAAUGAGCACAAAUGCAUCGGCCAUACAGCUUGGUAUGCCUCCAAGUACCGCAUAUAACUGGAUAAAUCAAGAAAGAGAACGACAAAGUGUCACUGCUGAGGUUACCAAGGAAACUGUUCAAGAAACUGUCAAGGAAACCUUAAAAGACAAUGCUGAGGAAACUGUCCAUGAAACGGCUCGAGAAAUCUCUAAAGAAACCUCCGUUGAAACCUCCGUUGAAACCUCCGUCGAAUCAGAAGAAGCCUCAACCAAGGAUGCUGAUUCCGUUUACCGUGUAACAUUUAAACUUUAA